UAUAGUUUGUGAGAGCAAGUAGCGUUUAUCCGCGAAAGAAAUCGUCUUUCACAGAAAGAAAUACAGUUUUUUGGUGACGUUCACUCGAACAAGAAACGAUGUCGGACGUGAUGGUGGAUGAACGAGUGACUGAUGAAAUUGAGGCACUGAAAGCAAUCUUAUUGGAUAAUGAACUCAACAUCAAGGAAAAUGAUAGAGGAGAGCCAGAAUAUAUAGAAACGAUACUAUUUCCAUCAACUGGCGAGGACUCACAAUCGCAAUAUGUUUGUGUCACACUGAUUGUACGAUUACCCUCGGGUUAUCCCGACAUUUCGCCGAUUAUCAAUUUAAGAAAUCCAAGAGGAUUGGACGAGGAUACGGUAAAAUUGAUGCAAUCCGAUGCUGAAGCCAAAUGUAAGGAUUUCAUAGGUCAGCCAGUCAUGUUUGAAUUAAUCGAGUUAAUACGAGAACAUCUGACAAGAAGCAAUCUUCCCACUGAUCAGUGUGCCGUAUGCUUGUACGGUUUUCGAGAAGGAGAUGAAUUUACGAAAACAGAAUGCUAUCAUUAUUUUCAUUCGCACUGUUUGGCGGCACAUGUCGCCGCUGCCGAGAGAUAUUACAGGGAAGAGCAAGAGAAAUUACCGCAAUGGCAGCAAGAUACUACAAAUAAGUUCCAAGCUAUAUGUCCUGUUUGCCGGGAAUCGAUCAACUGCGACGUUGAGAGUCUGUGGUCAGCGCCGCCACCAAUUGAUGUUGAGGCUGCUACUGAUUUUUCUGUCACCGCUGAAUUGAGGGAACUGCAAAAGCACAUGGCUGCUCUGUAUCUGCGGCAGCAACAGCGAGGCGGUAUAAUCGAUUUAGAAGCUGAAGGCGUGAAGAUGUUAGUGAGGACGGAGGACGAUCCUGCCGCUGCUGCAGAAGAGGUCAGCCCACCUAGUACAAGUUUGAAUACAUAUUCGAAUACCACCACCAUGCAGUCGGUUACACAAGUGCAGCACUCUAAGCAAUCGACGCACCAGUCGCAGAAUCAUCAUCACUCACAAUAUCAAUCACGUCAGAUGCAGCACAAUCAUGGUAAUAAUCAUAAUCAUGGUCAUCGGCAUCGGGGUCGCGGUCGAGCUCAUUACCGACGCCACUUUGACAAAGUCAGGCAGACGGAAUCUACUCCCAGAUGACAAUGGGCUGGUGAUAAGUUUGUCGCCCAAGUCUGGUCUGGUCUCCUCUUCACUCUUUCGCUAAGUGUAUACAAUAUUCUAUUUAGCAUUAGUAGCAUAAUCGUCAGUGUAAUAUAUGAUGGCUGUUUAUCCUCCUCGAAUAGUCUCAUUGCGAUAAUAAACUUAUAGGUGUUGUUGUUCGACAACAAGAUUCCCAUCGUCAUUACAAUGGCGGUGGGAUAUGUCGCGAUUUCCUGUCUGGACUGUCUACGUAGAUCGAAGCCAUGGUGCUCUUUCUUCGAACAAUUCGUAAUCGUACAAAGUAGUUGAUAUCGUUUCACUUUAGUUCCUUUA